CAGGAAGCGAGGCCGUGCGAAUCCGCAUCGCGUUCGCAUCACUUCGUUCCGAACAGUUUCCGCCGUGCUUCAACAACACAUCAGCGAUAUUUCAUCGUCUGUUGUAUCGUGUGUGACGACGACAUCGACGAGAGAGAGUGUAUACGCACGCUCGUAGAAAGCGACUCGCAAACUCGCGCCCUGGUGCACUUUGGAGAAGGAAGGGACCCAGGAUCCCGAGGACAACUCCGAAGCAGAGCGAGAAGAAUACGGUGAUCACGGCGAGAGUAAGCUCUCGCUCGAAUCAUAUUCACUUGCGAUCCCAACGUGUGUGCUUUAUAUUUGCUCGCGAUACCGACGCAUUUAUCGCUCUGAUGCUUGGACGUCCCGGUAAUUGAUAUUACUCGGAUACCUCGGUACUCGUACUUCGCGAAACACACAACGUGAAAUCGGUAGAUGUGGGUCCGUUCAUAGCCUGUAUAUUUGCUCGAUACUCGCGUCAACGUUACUUUGGUACCUAACUACAGUAACUUGGUGCCCCUUCCUUCCGCGAAGUAUCCGGCGCGAAUUUGCCGACGGAGCGCGUCGUCGCGGCGGAGCGAUAUCUCGCUCGUGCGGCAGUCGACCACGUGUUUGUGUAGUCGAGUCCGCGCCGCUGCUACGUCGCCGCGUGUAUCGCGACCGCGUAUACCCGCACCGGCAGUUUUGUGAAUCUCGUUAGCGCGGACGGUCGCGCGUGCGUGUCUCUCAUCUCGUAAGUCACCGCGUGGCGGUAAAACAGCCAAAAUUCGGGUAAAGAAGGAGCCGGUCCACGUCAUGGAUCUCCGCAACCUGGAGAGAGAACCGGUAAAUCCGGGUAACGAAGAACACCCGGACAACCCGGCCAUCCCAGCAAAUCCGGAGAACCUGGGGAUCCCGGAGAAUCCAGGACGUUCAGGAAUCCCAGGGGUCGCCGCGUCCAUGGCGGCGAACGGAGAGGAAGCUCGAAUAGAAGAGGAAAGCCAGCAGUCGCAUCAAGAGGAAGAUGCGUCGGAUUCGGAUCCUGACGACGAUAGUACCGAGGACUUGUAUCAACCGCCGCCGCUUCCGAGCACGCAAUCUCCACUGGAUACCGGAUCGUUGCAGACCGCCAAUAAUUUAGUACCGAAUGCCGCAUUUGCAUUCCAAACCUUGCUGGGCACCCAUCCGCAAUUUAUAAAGAUGAAAUUAGAGAAUGACAGUGAACUGCUCGAAAAUAGAGGAUUGGACCGUGCGUUUACUGAGGCCGCAACCAAUGGCAACAUAGGCUUCAGUCCUGCCCUCGCUUUCGCCUCGCAGCAUUUCUUGCAGCAGCACCAACAGCUGCAUAGUAACCAUUCGCAAUUGGGACAUUUCGGCAACGUGUCCAGCAGUCGCAUAGUCUCGCCCGUCAAUACCCGUCACAGUGAGGAACUAACGUCUCCGAUCGACAGCAGUCCGAGUAGCACCGAGGUCCGCGAGACCAACAACAACAACAACAGCCACAGAGAGCCGCAUAAUGCGCGCAUGGAGUGCACCAACACUGUGCAGAACAACAUUGCGGGAACGAGUCAUCAGCCAGGACCGAGUCAGCAACCGGGACCGAGCCAUCCGCCAGGACCGAGUCCUUUGCCGGGAUCGAAUACUCAGCAGACCAGCUGGAGUUUCGAAGAUCAGUUCAAACAGCUUUACGAGCUCUCCGACGAUCCGAUGCGCAAGGAAUUCCUCGACGACCUCUUUUCCUUCAUGCAGUCCCGAGGUCAACCGAUCAAUCGUCUACCGAUUAUGGCCAAGUCCGUGUUGGAUCUAUUCGAGCUCUACAACCUGGUGAUCCAACGAGGCGGUCUCGUCGAGGUAAUCAACAAGAAGCUCUGGCAGGAAAUCAUCAAGGGUCUCCGCCUGCCAUCGAGCAUCACUUCCGCUGCGUUCACUCUGCGCACUCAGUACAGAAAAUAUCUGUACGACUACGAAUGCUCCAAGGAACACUUGUCGACCCCGGAGGAACUCCAGAUAGCUAUCGACGGGAAUCGUCGCGAGGGUCGCAGGAGUAGUUACAGCACUUAUACAGGUAACGGAGCCAGCGGUGAAAACUCGGUGGUACCUCGCGCCCAGCACCUCAACAGUCAGUUGGCAUUGACGGCAGCGCCAAUCACGCUUCCCAUGAUAGCUACGGCCGGACAUCAGCAUCACAACAUACAACUGAACGGGAGCUCCAGCCACAACCCGCUGUCGCAUCUUCACCUGCCACCCCAAGGGAACCCUCUCAACCAAGGGAACAAUUCAAUUCAAGGUCCGUUACCUGGUAUGGCACCUACGACCGACGUCAUGCUCGAAUAUCUUAAGCUGUUCAAUUUAUCGACAAAGGAGGACGCGGGUACACCGUCACCUUUAAUGCAUCGACAAACUGCAUGUAUCGGUAAUGGGUCUCCGGGAGCGUCAUCGCCACCGCGGGACAGCACGGGACCCAACGCCAUGGAUAUGAUAAAGUCUUCUUGGAUAUACAGUAAUAUGUAUGCAGGCAGGUCCCGGCAGUUAACUUCGCCCCCGCGAAACCAAGCGCCCCGAUCUCCGGUGCAACAGGGAAGAGCUAGGUCGCCGCUAAUGAGAUCUCGUUCACCAUUGCGACGGCGUUCGCCGCUACGGAGAUCCGGCAGCCCGGAACAAGCUUUGGACCUGGUCCGGUCACCGGGACGCUCGCCUGCCGUACGAAGCCCGCCGUCUCUGCCCGGUGGUGGCAUCCAAAUGGGCAGACAUCAGUUACCGGGGCUACCGAAUCAUCCCUCUGUUUCGCGGAACCAAGACGACGAAAAUGGCCCUAGCAAUUUUAUUACCAUCAACUGUCAUUCCAGCCGAAGAAACAGUCUUGGUUCUCUAUCGAUUAGCGCGACUUUAGGUGGCGUUGUCUACGAGGGAGUCCUGUUACCUCGGGAGGACAACGAGUCGCGGUCACGGAGAGCGACGCCCGAGAACACCCCGUGAAGAGCCUCGCCGUCGGCCAAUGACACUUCCUCUUGUACGACGCGAAAUAACAUCGCGCGAAGCGUCGUGCGAAGCCGCGUGCACUCAUCACCCACAGUUCCAUAGAAUAGAAUAGAUCUACCGUUAGCAAUGUCCCCUCGCGCAUGAAAACUUAUAAUAAAACAAAUCACAACAAUAGACCGACCUAAUUCGUCCAAUUUCAUUUUUAUUUUAUCAAGACAAUAUCAUUGAGGAACUUCCGUAAGUAUUGCCCGUCAGAGAUGCCACAAGCUGGCCUCAGGCGCGUGCCGUGUUCGUAUGACUGAUCUUUUUAACUUUGAUAAGUUCCGCGGAGGGGAAUCACGGUAGUUUCAUAACUGAAUGGAACGGUCUAUUCUAUGGUGGGUGGCUUGUAUAUAUUGUAUAAUAAAUUAUAUUGUGAUACUAGAUAAUUGAUAUGUCGUUGCGUUCGAUAGAACCGAGUGUGUAUAGUAAAUGGCUAGUAAUCGGUGGAUCUAUUCUUAAGGAUAUGUUAUAAUAUUCAGAUCUAAGGUCCACAUAUCUGAGAUCGCUGAUUUUUACUAAACACUCGAUUCUCUCGAACGCAACACAUAUAACUUCAGUGAUAAUGUAUAGUAUA